AUGAGGGGGAAUGCUAAAAUGUCGCGGAACAGAUCUGUUUCUGAUGCUCCAAACCCAUUUGUGCAUGAGCUGAAGCUUACUUUCUUGGAUAAACUGCAGGUUGCUGUAAUGUCUGUGACUGUGGCUCCAAUCCGCCUUAUAUUUGUUGUGUUAUUUCUACUGAUGGUAUGGCCUAUAGUUGCCCUUGCUGUUGCAUUUCGCUCAGAAGAGGAUAGAUUGAAACCAGUCAGUGGGUGGAGAUUAUUGUUAAGGCCAGUUGUCCUUUUCCUAUGCCGUGCUGUGUUUUUCGCUGGUGGAUUCUACUGGGUGACAGUGAAAGGAAAGCAAGCAAGUUCCAAAGAAGCUCCUAUUCUUUUGGUAGCUCCUCACUCAUCCUUCUUUGAUGCAUUGCCGGUUGUGUUUCUUGGACUUACUUCAUUGGUAGCCAAGGCAUCAACACAUCAAAUUCUGUUGUUUGGAACACUUAUUGAGUUUUCACAACCGGUGCUCGUCAAACGUGAGGACCCAAAUUCUCGAAUCAACACAAUCAAAGAAAUCCAGAGGAGAGGUCAAGCCCAAGGCCAGUGGCCCCAGAUCAUCAUUUUCCCAGAGGGCACUUGCACCAACAGAUCCUGUCUGAUUUCAUUUAAACAAGGUGCCUUUUACCCAGGAGUCCCAGUUCAACCCGUGUGUGUGAGAUAUCCGAACAGACUGGAUACAAUUACUUGGACUUGGGAUGGACCAGGAGCGUUCACACAACUGUGGCUGACCUUAUGCCAGUUUUACAACAGGUGUGAAAUAGAGUAUUUACCUGUCUAUUCCCCGAAUGAAGCGGAGAAGGCUGAUCCUAAACUGUUUGCCAACAAUGUCAGGGAUGCCAUGGCACGAUGCCUGCAGUGUCCAGUGACAGACCAUACAUAUGAUGACCUACGGCCUGCAAGGACCAGUACAAAACCUGUGCUGGCAAAACUCAAGGAGUUGGAAAAUUUGCACUCCAAAUUGGGGUUGUCAGCUGAUCAGAUGCAAAAUUUGCUUGACAAGGUUGGAGUAGUAACAGACAGCAAGACAGGGAAAGAAAAGGCAACUGAGGUCACAUUUGAGGAGUUCAGUAUUUGCCUUGAUCUUCCCAAGUCUGACACUCUACAACGGGUGUUUGACCUUUAUGACACGAAUGCAUCAGGCAUGAUAGAUCUGAGAGAAUACAUCAUUGGGCUGUCUCUUGUGACAGCUUCUACCAGCAAUGACAGCACAAUACAGUUAGCAUUUCAG